AUGUGCAAUCAUGAAAAUUUAAAUAAAAUCAGAUCUAGCCAUAUCGAAUUUAAAGAAAAUGAAGUUGAAUCUAAUGAAAAGAACAAUAAGGCAGAGUCUAACAAUGAAGAUAAGAGCAAAUCAAAUAAAGAAAAUGAAAUAGAAAUUUGUGAAACUGAAAUCAUUAAAGUAAUAAAUGGAUAUAAUUAUCCUAUAGCUAAAGAUGCAAGAGUUUUUCAUAAACAUCGCAAAUUAACACAGGAUGCAACAUGCAUGGCUGUGCAAAUGUUAAAAGCUGGUGCCAAACCUAAUAUAAUUUAUGAAGCCCUUAGAGAUGAAAACAAAGAGCCAAUUGUAACAAGAAGAGAUAUUUCUAAUUUGGAUCAAGACAAUUCUAAUUAUAUAAAGAAUGAUUUAUCUUUAACUAAUUCUGAUAAUGGUUUACUCAAGUCUCGGCUAUAUGAGAUUGAAACACAGUAUAUAAACUUUCCUGACGAACAACAAAAAUCGACCCUUUUAAAACAACUUGAUGAUAUUUUAGCAGUUCCGGAAGCAAAGCUAAAACAAAAAAUGAAAACUAAUAAUGCUAAAAAAAAACAAAUUAAAAAUGUUAAUUCUCCGCAAAAUAGUUUGAUGUUUCAUGUUGAAGAUCAAAUGCCAAAGAUUUUAUUAAACUCUCGAAUUCCUAUUAAUGAUGUUGAUCAAGUUUAUAAUCCAAAAAGCAAUGGAAAUUGUGGAUUUCGGGCUCUUGCUGUUGCUAUUAGAGGAAAUGAAGAGAAUUGGAACCUUGUUAAGCUGGUCAUGAAUAGUCAAUUGAAUAAGCAUAUAGAAGUUUAUAGAAACUGGUCGGGAUAUAAUAUUGAAUUACUUAAACAAAUAUUAGAGUUUUGGAAAUCACCAUGUUCACCUUCGUUUUGGUUUUUGUCACCUGAUUGUACACAAUUGGCUGCUGACACUUUUUCUGUUCCUAUAGCCAUCUUUGAUACAGAUAAUGAAAA